CCUCUGCUGCGGGAGCCUCCAGGUGUACACGCAGCACCCUCUGUUUGAGGGAGGGAUGUGCGCUCCGUGCAAGGACAAGUUCCUGGACCGCCUGCUCCUGUAUGACGAUGACGGGUACCAGUCCUACUGCUCCAUCUGCUGCUCAGGGGACACGCUACUCAUCUGCGAGAACCCUGACUGCACCCGAUGCUACUGCUUCGAGUGCGUGGACACGCUGGUCGGCCCGGGGACCUCGGGGAGGGUCCAAGCCAUGAGUAACUGGGUGUGCUUCCUGUGUCUGCCCUUCCCCCGCAGCGGCCUCCUGCAGCGGCGCAGGAAGUGGCGGGGCUGGCUGAAGGCCUUCUGUGACCGCGAGUCGGGGGCUGGGCUGGAGACCUACAAAACAGUGCCCGAGUGGAAGAGGCAGCCGGUCCGGGUGCUGACCCUGUUUGGAGACAUCAGGGACGAGCUAACGAGUUUGGGCUUCUUGGAAAACGGUUCUGACCCAGGAAGACUGAAACACUUGGAUGAUGUCACCGACGUAGUGAGGAGGGAUGUGGAAGGAUGGGGGCCCUUCGACCUCGUGUACGGCUCCACGCCCCCCAUCGGCCACGCCUGUGCCCGCCCUCCCGCGUGGUACCUGCUCCAGUUCCACCGCAUCCUGCAGUACGCGCGGCCCCGGCCGGCCUGCCCGCGGCCCUUCUUCUGGGCGUUCGUGGACAACCUGGUGCUGACCCAGGAGGACCACGCCACAGCCACCCGCUUCCUGGAGACCGACCCCGUGACCAUCCAGGACGUCUGUGGCAGAACCGUCCAGAACGCCGUGCAUCUGUGGAGCAACAUCCCAGCGGUGAAAAGCAGGCAUUCAGCCUUGGGUUCCCAAGAGGCACGGUCCUUGCUGGCCCAGGACUGGCAGCGAAUGAAGCCCCCCACCCAGAGGCCAGCCAAGAUGGUGAAGAAUUGUUUUCUCCCUCUGAGAGAAUAUUUCAAGUAUUUUUCAACAGGGCCCACUUCCUCUUUAUAAAUGAUUCAUUUUACCAUGAAAAAAAAAAAGACUUCCUAGAAUCAGGGCAA